GGAUCUAUCCAUGAGCCCUACUUGCAUGCAUGUGAAAUAACCAAUCAUCACCCAUCUGGAGCCGAUUUCGGCUUCCGGGUUGCAGGACAUUGCAUGUGGGAAACGAAUCGCACGCGCUCGCAGCGUGCAGCAGAAUCUCUGUUACUACAGACAGCCAAAGUGUGUGAGAUCUGAUCAUGCCGACAGUCAGUCAGAAUGCUCUGUUCGGGAUGGGGAAUCCGCUGCUGGACAUCUCUGCCGUGGUGGAUAAGGAUUUUCUUGAUAAGUAUGGCUUGAAGCCCAAUGAUCAGAUUCUGGCAGAGGAGAAACAUAAAGCUCUGUUUGAUGAGAUUGUGAAGAAGAGUAAAGUCGAAUAUCAUGCCGGUGGAUCCACACAGAACUCUGUCAAAAUCGCUCAGUGGAUGAUCCAGGAGCCGCAUAAAGUGGCCACGUUCUUCGGCUGUAUAGGUACGGAUCACUUCGGCGAGAUUCUGAAGCAGAAAGCGGCUGAAGCUCAUGUUGACGCUCAUUAUUAUGAACAGAGUCAAGAACCGACAGGAACCUGUGCAGCCUGCAUUACUGGAGACAACAGGUCUCUGGUUGCAAACCUGGCAGCAGCAAACUGCUAUAAUAAAGAGAAACAUCUGGAUGUUGAUAGGAACUGGAGUCUGGUGGAGAAAGCGAGAGUUUACUACAUUGCAGGCUUUUUCCUGACCGUGUCUCCAGAGUCCAUCCUCAAAGUGGCCAAACACGCAUCUGACAACAACAAGAUCUUCGGUCUGAACCUCUCAGCUCCCUUCAUCAGCCAGUUCUUCAAAGAGCCGCUGAUGAAGGUCAUGCCGUAUGUUGACAUCAUCUUCGGGAACGAGACGGAAGCUGCUACAUUUGCAAAAGAACAGGGCUUUGAGACAGAAGACAUCGCUGAGAUCGCAAGGAGAGUUCAGUGUCUGCCCAAAGUCAAUAAGAACAGGCAGAGGAUCGUGGUCUUCACUCAGGGCAGAGAAGACACUGUGGCCACUGUGGGUGAUAAAGUGAAAAUGUUUCCUGUUUUAGACAUCGACCAGAACGACAUUGUCGAUACUAACGGUGCUGGUGAUGCUUUUGUGGGAGGAUUCCUGUCAGAGUUGGUUCAGGAGAAGCCGUUGGAGGAGUGUAUCCGUGCAGGUCACUACGCCGCUAAUGUCAUCAUCCGGCGAGUCGGCUGCACUUUCCCCGAGAAACCUGAUUUCCAUUAACUCCCUCACAUAUUUCCCAAUGCGGAAUCUUUCCAUCUCAUUUGUUUUUGUUCUGAAAUUCCAGAA